UCCCGACAGCUAAUUUGUUGUAUCAGAUUGAAACGGGAGGAAGCGAGUCGAUAAAGCCGGGAAGCAACUUAGCUUUUUCAACCUCUGACCAUUUUUUUUUUACUGCAAGGUCACAUACAUAGAAGGGAUGGCAGCCAUCCGUAAGAAACUGGUGAUAGUCGGGGAUGGAGCUUGUGGGAAGACGUGUCUUCUCAUUGUUUUCAGUAAGGAUCAGUUCCCUGAGGUCUACGUUCCCACUGUGUUUGAGAACUACGUCGCUGACAUAGAGGUCGACGGCAAACAGGUGGAGUUGGCUCUUUGGGACACAGCCGGUCAGGAGGACUACGACAGACUGAGGCCUCUCUCCUAUCCAGACACUGAUGUCAUCCUCAUGUGUUUCUCUAUAGACAGUCCCGACAGCUUGGAAAACAUCCCAGAGAAGUGGACUCCAGAGGUCAAACACUUUUGUCCAAAUGUCCCCAUCAUCCUGGUAGGAAACAAGAAAGAUCUCCGUAACGAUGACCACACACGCCGAGAACUGGCCAAAAUGAAGCAGGAGCCGGUGAAGUCGGAGGAAGGCCGGGACAUGGCCGGACGCAUCGCAGCUUUCGGUUACAUGGAGUGCUCUGCCAAGACCAAGGAGGGCGUACGAGAGGUGUUUGAGAUGGCCACCAGAGCGGCGCUCCAGGCCCGCCGCGGAAAGAAGAGCAAUAAAUGUGUGCUGCUGUAAAAACAGCGGGGCAUAUAUGGACUAUUUUAACCCUGGCUGGUGUGCCUGGGGCGAGGGCUCGGGAGGGGGGUGGGGACGGAAAAAAAAAAACCAGUGAGGCAAAGGUCUACCACUGUAAACGGGCUGUCUGAUGGACUCAUUCGCUCUGGGACUUGGGUUGGGGAAUCUGUAAAAAAGAGAGGAACGGGUGGGAGAACGGUAAAUGACUAUUGCUGUCCUUCUCUUCACCUGUGGGUGUGCCAUCAGGUUGGGAAAAUUUACACCAGCUACCUGCGAAGAGUUGGUGCUUUUAGUAUUUUCAAGCCACAUACACUUGUUAGGAUAAGAAGUUGCUUCCAGUUCUUGUUUAAAACCCGACUGCUAAGUUGGUCAAAAGUAAGAGGGUUUAGUUUCCUGCCUGGGUGAGUUGACAGAUUCAUGGGGCAAAAGGACUGUGCAUUAAAUGAGUACAGCUGGAAACCGGUUCAUUAUCGCCCCCAUCGUUCAUUCAUGGAUUUAAGGCUUCUUUGAUGAUGUCAAACUAGGUAUCUGAUAUUUAUGCUCGCUGCUGGUUGCAUUCUAAAAAGCGCGUGGAGCAGCACUCCUAGCAGCAGAUUGUGUUCAUAAAUAAGAGCUUUUGAAAGUUAAACCAGUCGCGUGCCAUUGGGUGUUUUCUUUUCUUUUUUAAACAGAGGUGAUAUGUUCGCAUGCACAGCUCGGUGCCACCUCGUCUUUUCCUGCUGUUAAUUCUGCUCGACUGACCCAAAUCUGCAGGAUGCUCGGUUUGGUCUUAGAUUCUUCUGUGUUGGUCGGAGUGCUACUUGUAAGAAUCUGAGAAGAAGACUGCAGCGUUGCUCUGGAAAGAAUGUUCCCCUUGGACCAGGUCUGCACAGCUUAAAUGCGCUGGCCUCAAUUGCACCUUUCUGUCCUGAAGAGUGACGAGUCGGCCUUCGCAGUUUUUCUGUUGAUUUGGGCUGAAACUAAGAAAAAUGCGAUUGAAUCCAAGUUGUGCUGGAUGACGUUGGUAAUGUGCACUGCACAGAGCAGCCUCAUCAUCCUCAUCUUCCUCUGGGUGUAGACCAGGGCAAAGAACAAGGACAGGAAUGUGUUGUUCACUCGCACACAAGUUCUCAAGGCGUGUAAAAACCGAACAAACAUAAGUGGCGCGUAGAUUCUUUUUUAAGCCGAGAUGUCAUUUAUACCAUUUUAAUUUAAUUGAACUGUUGGUAACGGCUUCUACAAUUGAGACAAAAGUGAACUCCUCGUCCUCAAAGUGCAUGGACCUCAGAAAUGUCAGGUUGGAUCAUCAAAAUUAUUUAAAAGCUAUAUUGUAGUCAAAAAAUCAGUUUUUUCUUUUAUUUCGGAAAUCCAUCACCAGCUAUUAGUGACAUUUUUUUUGUUUUUCUUCAACACAGAGAUUCAUGCUCUUAAAGUCGUAGCCUUCUGUUCUUCUACCUGGUCUACAGGAUGAAGCCUGAUCCCAAAACCAGUCUUGUCUUGUACUUUUGGUUUCAAGCUUUUAAAAAUGUCAAACAUGUCUGACAGUAUUUUUAAACAGCAUAGAGGAGGGAGGAGUAGUACCGUACUCAUUUAUUCAGGCUUAGUUUUGGCGCUUUAUCUGCGUUUCUCUGCAGUAGAUCUGAAAGGCCUGUCCUUUACUCUGGCCAUCUUUGUGUUGAGCACUCAGGAGAACGGCUGGCCUCCCGGCUGCCCGUUUGAAAGCAUUGCUAGGACCACCAGUGCUGGCUUCAUCUUCUUCUUUUUUUUGUAAACAAUCCUGGGUGAAAAGACUAAAUGUAAAAGCAACUCAAGUUUAUUCUACAUGUCGUUUUUAUUUUUAGAUCUUUCUUGUCAUUUUAAAUCCUGUUGUUUGGAAUGCUGAAGCAGUGACAUAAACAAAGCAACAGGAAAACCACGCUGUAUGCAAAAGUCUGUAAAUAUGAAAUGUGAGUUUGUUCAUACUGGAAUAUUCACAUGCACAUGACUGGAAACUGCAUUUGUAAACUAGCUUUGGUUUGUGUAAUAAAUUACUUUCUAUAACC